AUGAAAUGGCUGUAUGGUUUGAUCUUAGCGCUAGCGGUGAUAUUGUUGUAUUUUCGACCGCUGCUACGUCAUAGGAACACUAGUGUUGUGAAUGUGUGGAAGUUAACGAAAGCGAGCACCUUUUUCGAUUCUCACAGGUAUCGCAACUGCUCCUUGUCGACAUGCCUGCGCUCCCAACGCUGCAUGCUCGACUACCAAAGGGUUUCCGUGUAUAUUCAGCCAAUAAUAAGGAUUGUUGACGAGGAUGGGAACGUCCUCACUCCUAUUCCAUCAAAAGAAUUCCAUGCUAUUCGAACACUGUUGCUGCCCUAUUCCGUUCCGGAUCCUCAAAGAGCUUGUGUUUUCUUUCCUGGCGUCGAUUUUCUCAAUCUCCAUCGAUUUCCUAGUAUCGAUGUUGCACAUGCUGUCGCUAACAUGAUCAAUGAAAGGUUUUACAAUGCUCUUAUAUUCACAGUCAUCGGACAGUGGAGGCAUAGUCAUCGUCACAUAAUGGCGAGCCCCAUCAUCCCGCUCCAUCUUUACCGACACCGGCUGGAUAUAUCACUACCGCCAUAUUUCGGUAACCUUCCUGCUAUCAAGCCCUUGACGUCACCAACACGAAGCAAUCUGUUGGUUAUGCUAUUCAAUGCGUCCUCAUCUUUCCGGGAAGAGAGCAGUGAAGCGUUUGCUCAUUCACCAGAGUCCAAGUUCGUCCUCAUCCACGAGCGAAUGCCACAUUUCAAACUUGCAUUGUACAGGGCUUUGCAGUCAACUGUUAUUCCUGUGAUAUUCGUGCCUAAUAAUGCUUGUCCGUUUUUCCAGAUUAUUAUCGAUGGCACU